UUGAUGAAACUGCUAUAAGUUGGAGAAAGUUAAUGAGACCAUUUUGUUUUGUUUUGAGAUUUUAAAAAUGUUUCAAGUGGUAAAAAUGUUGAUGUCAAUUUCUUCUAUCGUGUGUAUGUAUUUGCAGACAUGAUGCUUUUAUUUUGCUUACAAACCAUUGCUUACAUUUUGAUGACGAAGGCUGCCAACAGUAUUGAAGCAGGACCUGCAGACAGUUGGUUCCAUGGAUGUGUUGGUAACCUUGACCAUGAACUCUUGUCCUGGGUUACAGACGGGUCACAGCUGGAUGUGGCAGCAUGCUCAAACACCUGUAUGGAUAAUGGGUUCAGAUGGUCGUUGGUAGGACAGACAGAUGGCAGGCAGGACCUGCAGUGCUCUUGUACCAACAUUACAGCCGCACAGUAUCUGCUCCACAACACAGCAUCCUGCAUUUUGAGGUCUGGUUUACCAGUUGGUGAAAUAAGUAAUGGAUCCACUCCACAUAGUUGGGCGGUCUACAGAAGUGAUGGCCCCUUUCUCUCCUCUGUCACCAUAGCAACAGAUGUUCCCUUGGUUGUUAUUGACAAGCUGGUUGCGAUAGAGAUACAUAUUACCAGGCCAACAGCUAGAAGUGUUUCGAAAGACGACAGCAAUUCGAGUCACAUGGUGAUGGUGACCUGGCAGGUUUCUGGGGAUAUCAAAAGUUACCAUGAGAACAUCAGCAUCAUGGGGUAUACAGAGGUGCUGAUCAGACCCCGGUUCACGUUCUCCACAGUGGGGCAUUACACAAUAGUGGAGCAUUACACAGUAGAUAAGGAUCAGCAUGGCAGGGUAUACAGAGAUGGUGACCAGAUCCCAGUACACAUUCUCCACAGUGGGGCAUUACACAGUAGGUGA